AUGGACGUGGAGAACCAGAACAGGGAGUUCAUGGCGUGCCCUUCAUCUUUCAACCUCAGCCGCUCCUCGCCACCUUUUGAUGUGUUUCCUGCAGAAAGCCAGGCCCAUGUUCUGAUCCCCCACGCCCCCAGCACAAUUAUCCCUAACCGGAUUUUUGUCGGGGGAAUCGACUUCAAGGUCAAUGAAAAUGACCUGCGAACUGUCUUCUCACAACACGGUGAAGUGAAGGAGGUUAAAAUUGUCAUAGAUCGCUCAGGAAUGUCAAAGGGAUACGGGUUUGUUACAUUUGAAACGCAAGAAGAUGUGCUGAAAAUCCUAAAUAAUGUUAAUGGAAUCUUUUUCAAAGACAAGAAGCUCUGCAUUGGCCAGGCUGUCCGAAAGCACCAAACUUCAAGACGCAAAGAUUUUCCCAUGCUCUCCCCUGAGCCCGUCAUGUCUCAUCAGAUGUCCCAUGGGGGUUUGCACCUGACCACCUCCACAGGCUACCCCUACACCUACCAUAACGGAGUGGCCUACUUCAGCUACCCCAGCGUGAACGCCCCGGCCCAUCGCUGGUCUCCUGGAUCCCAGCUGAUGUGUCCUCAGUCCAAUCAGCCUGUUCAGCACCAGCAACCAGCGUAUCACUACUACCAGAUGCCGAUGUCCUCCAGUGCAGUCGGGUACUCGCAGCAGUCAGAAUAUCUGUACCAGCCUGCGGAUGGAGGUUAUUUCCAGCAUCCCGUGCCUGUCAUGGAGGAGACCACGCCAGAGAGCCUGACGUUUCCACCCCUGCCUGUCCAUCUGAAGCCAAAGUACCACCCCUACAUGCACCACAAGGACUACUACUAUGUGCCAGAACCAACAGGCUCACCAGAGACCGCAGUAUUUCACACUUCCCAGCCUCCCAUGUAG